CAACGGAAUUCGACAAACCAAUGAAAGACGAGCGUGUGGUUCACCUUUUCCCGUCUUAACUUGUGAAUUGCAAACGCAAGAGUCAUUCGCACAGCCAACACAUAAGUCAGCCGCCAACGUAUCUCUUUACAACCAUUUAUAAUGCAUCAACGACAGGCCCGAUCCUUCUGGUUGUAUAGUUCCGGUCUCUCCCAAUUUUUCCCGUUAUAGGAAUGUAUCUAUAGCCUGACUUGAGAUCUCUUGGGUAUUCAUUUUGACGAUAAGGACAUACUGCGUUCUGGUAUUUAUUAUGGGCGAUCCCAGUAAGAAGUUAUUGGACGAGCUCCGGUCUCUCUUGGAUGAGACUACUAUUCUGUCCAUUUCCAGUGACUAUAAUUUAGAAGAUCCUGAGGAAUUUUCUGCUGCGCGACAAGUCCUGCUGACCAUUUCUAAAGAUGUGGAAGCAGAAGAAGCUACUGGCUUCAAUCCAAGCGGUCUAGGUGUCGAUGAUAUUGUAGAUAUCAAUCCCUCCACCCAGGAUGAUGGCGCGGAAGUCGCUGGCGCAGCUAGUAGCGACAUGAAGAGUGUUGACGGCUUUACUGUCACAACAGAGAGUUCCAUACCCCCGAGUCUUGUAUCCUCGGGGUCAUCGAAAACGUCUACCCUUGAGAACUCCGGGCUUCUCCAUGUAGACAUCUUUGACGGCCUUACGGACAGUGAGAAGGAAGAACAGCUCAUUCAGAUAUUCGUCUCCCUUAAGCCUAUCGAUGUGAAACUGUCUCUGCAGAAGUCCAAGGGUAAUGCGAGCCUCGCUAUUGACGAACUCCUCAACCUGCAAUGGCUUGAGCAGACCGGUCAACGUCCUAAAGGGGUCGAUGGCUUUUAUGUAUCUGAUGAUGACAACAUUCCGAAUAAGAGGAGGAGGAAGGGCAGAAAGAAGAAGAAAGUGGCUAAGGUGACGUUAGCCAAACAUGCUGAUUCGGAAAGUACAUUUCAGGAAGCAAGCGACGGCGACACUGUACAGAGUGCGGAGCAUAUUGCGUUCAUAUCUGAUAAGCUUAAUCUGCCAUCUUCAGAGGUAACAAGCAUCUACCAACACCAUAACGCCUCCCUUGGAGCUACUGUAAUCAAAAUUCUGGAUAAUUACAUUAUUAUGGGUAUAUCUUCAUCAGACCCCCAUAUGCUGUCUGACGUCCAGCGGGAGAUGGGUAGAUUUCCCUGGGUACCUCAUGAGUAUGUCAAAGCCACCUUCGAGGUCUGCUUAACGCAGAGCGAUGCUAUAAGCAUUAUUCGUAUAUUAGCGGACCACUUUGAGAAGCCGGCAUACGUGAAAUACGAUGUAUCGUACAGGGUGGUAGCGUCAGGCUCUGAGGAAAUUGAUAUGCCCGAACCUACAAAAGCGUCGGAUUCGAGGCAAUCACCAAGAUCUCCUACAGCUAUCCGUUCGCCAACAGUUGAUCUGCCCAUGCGGGCUUCAACUCGUCCAGGGAAUCUUCAAGCUGCCGCAGCUGCCUCAAAGACAAUUGCCGAGUCAAGAAACCACUCAUUCUCGUCAGCUGCGUCAGCCUUCAAGAAGGGCAAAUCCGACCCUCUAUUUAGACAAGCCGGCGCGUACUACGCUGAACGUGCCCGGCAACAAUCCAUGAGCUACCGGCAAGCUAAUAGUGUCGAGGCGAACUACCAUGUCGAUCGAAACAGCACAGAAAACACGAUCGAUCUCCACGGCGUCACGGUGCAGGAUGGCGUCGAUAUUGCCCUGGAUCGAGUAUCGAGAUGGUGGCAGAACCUCGGUGAGGAGCGAGUACGAAAAGCGAAGACGGGUGGGCUUACCGUCGUUACUGGCAUUGGUAAACACUCUUCAGAUGGGAGGUCGCCGUUACGCAUUAACGUUAUUAAGGCGCUCAUUGCUGAUGGCUGGAAAGUCGAGAUACAAACUGGAUCGUGCCUCAUCACGGGAAGACAGUAGAGAUUACAGACAUUAGCUUUGAGGUCACUGUGCAGAGUACACAUCAUACUGCAACGAAGGAACAUUGGACAUGGGCAGUGUUUCAAGGCCGAGGAUCGCAAGGAUAUAGAUGAUUAAUCAUUGUUGCAAUAGAGAGAAGAUACCGAAAGAUUAAGGAUUCCAUCUGAACUUAUCUGCUACUGCUGAACCAUUCAAUAAUUUAUUUGUCUCUAUUGCAUUUGUGGUUGAUGUGAAUAUGAAUUGGAUGUAACACAAGUCUAGUUAUGAGUCUGACAGGGCAAUGGCUUGUUUCGGUGUAGAACGGAGUAGAAUUCUUGUCAAAUAGAUCUACGGCAACACAAAGACAUAUAUACUAUGUAAGCUACCUUAUGACUGACAUAUGGCAGCAAAGGAAGCCAGAAAUAAUUCUAGAACAGCAGACUAAGUUCAUACAUAAGACAGUUUUCAUAAUUAACAAGGCGAGAUGGCUGUCUAUUAUAUAAGAUAACAAUCAGAAUAGUCUUAAUUAGGAGGCCUUAAAUGUACGUACGUAAUAUGCAUUGCGU